AUGGUAGACUGUUCCGGUGCAGACCAUUGGAUGGACAACCACGUAUUUGUGGAAAGUAAAAAAAGAGAUCGUCCAAAGAAAACCAGGAAGGAAAUAGAAAAAAUCAAUGGUGCUGAUCAAGAUAACAAAUCCAAGGCACUCGAAAGACUCUAUGAACUUGCAAUACCAAAAUCCGACCAAUCGUUGCUGGCGAAACUCAUAUCCAAAGGAUACCUCAUAUCAGUGGACAAGAUUUUAUUUCGUAAAAAGAAAUCGCUUAUUCUCAGUGGAAAAGCGAAUCAGACACAUCGAAUUUUUCCAUUACUAAGCACCGGUGAUGUCAUAAUUAAAAUUCCGAUAAACGGCACCAAAGAGGAACUAUGGCAACGAGCAAAUGUUGAGCGUCAUCAAAACGAUAAAUACGUCGAGUCAGGCGAUAAUCAGCCCACAUUUCUACUACAAACUGGACAUAUCUUAGUAACAUCGAUGAUUGGAAAUGACGGUGAACCAGCACCGACUCUAACAGAUGUUUUGCGCUCGAACCGUAGGAAUAUUGUUACGGUCUACGAUGAAAUCAUUCAGUUUUGGUGUAAAUUGAAAAAUCGACCAUUCCAUCCGUCUAAUUAUUUGUAUCAAAACGGGAAGUGGUGGAGAGUUGGAUACGGUGGACCGACUGCGUAUGAUUGCUCAACAAAUGUAUCUUUACAUGGAUUAGCGUUUUACAGGGCUAACUUGAAGCAUGUUAUCGAUUUCUUUUGCCAACACGGUUUGAAUCUCAAACAAGCUGAAGAUGGAUUCAUGAAAUAUGCUGGAAACCAUUACUGGGAUACGAUUGAAGUUAUGAGGGGUAUGACAAGGAAACGAUCAUUCUUCUCGAUAAUGUACACGGGCCAAAGUAGUUACAGUUGA